CUGCGCACUCUUUCCGCGCCUCGUCCCGUGGUUCUUGUGCUGUUUAUGUGCUGCGCGAACUCCCCGCGACCUCAAUGAGUAACACACGCACACGCGCCGUUCCCGAUUAAAGCAGGUCCUGGGCCUCGCUUAUUCGAAACGCGUCGCUCGUGUGAGGUGUUAGAUGUACCGCAGCCGCUUCAGGAGGGCGCGGGAGGCACCGAGGCCUGGGCCUGCAGGUGAGGGCGGAGCCGCCGGUGGGUGUGAGGCCCAGGCCUCAGGCUCUUUAAUCUACACAAACGCAUCAAGAUAUGGAUCAGCAUUUCCAUACUAGUGGGGAGACGUCCAGAGGAUCCAUCAAACGCAAACUAGAAGACACACGAGACGAUCGGAUUAAAUUACUGCGGUUUAAUUCUGAUAAACAAUACUCUUCAAAUAUGAACAGAAACACAGGUCAUAAGCACGGACAUGUUUUUGCCGUGGAAGUGGCUACGUAUGACAGCAGCUUCCCAGAUUACAGGCAGCCUGUUGAAAUCGGAUGCUUUUCAUUAGAUUCAUACAGACAGUUCUUCAACGAUGGAAGACAGCUUAAAUGUUACGUGGAACCGUCCAGCAAGAACCCAAACUUUAACCUGCGAGAUGGGUAUAAAGACAGAUACAUAAAGCGAAACGAACAUAUUAAGGAGAAACUGGACCAUAUCCUGAAGUGGGUUUUAGUGAACAAGCAAAGAUUCCCCAUGUCUGCAGAUGGCAAGUCACCUGCUGUUGGGAAUCAGUUGCACACAGACUUCAUCACGUGGAGGGGACAUCUGACGAAAAUCCUGACCACACCGUACGAGUCCCGAGAGGGCUGGCUGAUGGCGGUGACCCUGUUCAAUGGCACAUAUUACAUGAGUGAGGUGGAGACUGAAGAAGCCAAGCGGCAGCGGGAGCACAGGACGGAGAUGCAGGAAGAGCUGAUGUAUGGUGGCUACAAGUUUGAGCAGUACUUGUGUGCAGAUAAACCACAGGGAAAUCCUAAUCCAGCUGGUGUGGUAAACACCAAUGAAGCAUUUUGCACUGUGGUCCGAACCCGGCUGAGCAGCCAUUCCCUCGUGUUUGCUGGUGAGGUGGAUUGCAAAGAUAUCUCCUGUCCCAGUCAGAAACCCCCACAGUGUUACUUGGAGCUGAAGACCAGCAGAGAGAUGUACAACCCCAACCAACAAAGGAACUUUCAUAGGUUUAAACUGAUCAAGUGGUGGGCGCAGUCCUUCCUGCCCGGGGUACCUCGGAUAAUCGCAGGCUUCAGAGAUGACGAGGGGAAGGUUGUCUCCCUUCAAUCUUUCGACACAAUGAAGAUCCAUCACCUGGUCAAGAACGAGCGGAAUUGCUGGAAGCCAGCCGUCUGCCUGAACUUCUGCGACGCUUUCCUGUCCUUUGUGAAGAAGGUGGUAACACAGGAUGAUCACCGGUUGGUGCAUCUUUUUUCCUGGCAACCCGGAAAAGAUAUUUCGUAUACAGUACAUAUGGACUCUGUGUAUUCCUUCCUCCCAGACUGGUAUGUGGAAAAGUUACUGUACGGAGAGGUGAUUAAUCCAUAGUGAAUAAGAAGCACUUCCAUCAUCCGAAUAAGUACGCAAUGGGGCUGGGACAGGAGACUGUCUGUAAACUAACUGUUUUAUAAUCUGUAAAAAGUCGUGAGUUAAAUUCCAUUCAAAAGUUUCAUAAUAAAACGUUUUAUAACAUACAUAGUCUGGGUCUUCCCGCCUAUAAAAUACUCCGUUUUGUUGCUGUUUUACUGUGCAAAUGUCACAGUCAAUCGCAUUGUUUAAGAAGCGAGCAGUAAAAUUAUAUGAAUGCUGA